AUGCCUAAUCAAAGAAAAAGGUCGUCGGAACGUUCGCUGUGCCCUCAAUAUGUUUUAAAGGAAGCUAGAAGACGAAUAGAAAAUGGUGAAAGCACAAGAAAAGUAGCAUCGUCGUACGGGAUGAAAGAAAGUACUUUGCGGUAUCGCCUGAAGAGAAAAGAAGCUGCAACAAAGCUUGGUAGAUAUGAUGCAACUCUUUCUCCCGAAAUUGAACAGGAAUUUUGUAAUUAUUUGGAAGAUCUUGACAAUAUGUUUCAAGGGAUGACUCCUAAGAAUUUGAGGAUUGCUGCUUACGAGUUUGUGGUGAAAAAUAAUAUUCCUCAUCGUUUCAAUGCCGAAAAGAAAAUGGCAGGCAAACACUGGCUUCGUGGAUUUCUCAGUCGGCACCCAGAUCUUUCACUAAGACGUCCAACUUCCACAAGUAUUGCUAGGGCGAUGGGAUUUAAUAAGCCACAAUGUGAGGUUUUACAAAAAUUUAGCAGAAUUGAUGGACAAGUAUAA